AUGAGUUCCACAGCAGAAUCAAUAGACUACUACGACUAUAUUGUCUGCGGUGGAGGUACUUCGGGAUGUGUGGUCGCAGCACGCCUUGCGGAGAACCCUGGCGUGAGUGUCCUUGUCAUCGAGGCGGGCCAGAAUAGCAAGGACCUUGAAAAUGUGCACAUGGUCGGAGGAUGGUCACAAAACUUUGACUCCGAAACCGAUUGGAAUGUCGUCACGGAACCAAUGGCGGGGGUGAACAAUCGUCAAGUAAAAUUGAGUCGGGGAAGGUUCCUGGGAGGAUGCAGUGGCUGUAAUGGAACACUUUGCAUCCGCGGGUGCAAGCAAGACUAUGAUGACUGGGAGAUGGAGGGCUGGAGUGGUGAUGAAUUCUUCAACGCCAUGAAAAAGGCGGAGACCUUUCACGGCAAGCCAUGGUUCAAAGUGGAUGAAGAGAGCCAUGGCUCCUCCGGCCCUCUGCACACCGAACCUCACGACCUCGCUCCCAUCUCAAACCUCUUGAUCGAUUCCUUUGUCUCUCAAGGCUUGCCCUUGGACCCAGACAUGUUCAGCACCGGAGAAACAUCGCACGGCACCGGACAUGCCGUCCGCACCGUAUACAAGGGCUUCCGCACCACCAGUGCGGAUUUUCUUCUGAACCAGAAAGAGCAAGCCGGAAACAUCACAAUUAAGACCGACACUACUGUCAGUCGCGUGGUCUUAGAAGGAGACGCAGCCUCAGGUCUGCGUGCGACAGCGGUUCAGGUUAAAGACGCUAAUGGCAUCGGCCAUACAUACUUUGCUAGAAAGGAUAUUGUCCUUAGCUGCGGCGCUUACUGCAGUCCGGCCGUCCUCUUGCGCUCCGGCAUUGGGCCUAAGGAGGAACUGGCUCAGCAUGGUAUCAAAUGCCUUGUCGACUUGCCAGGCGUCGGAAAGAAUCUUAUGGACCAUCUCAUCGUUUUCAUGUUCUAUGAAACCGAAGAGGAAGGUCUGACAACCGACCACCACGUUUACCAUGAUGAUAACUUCGCAAAGACCUAUGCUGUCUGGAAAGAGAAAAAGGAGGGCUUUCUGUCCACGUUUCCCUUUGGUGCAUUUGCCUUUGCUCGCUUGGACGACCGCCUGGAAAAUGAGCCUCUCUGGCAGAAUGCUCCCCGUAAGCCCGGCCGUGAUCCAAUGGGCUUGACCCCGAAACAACCCAACGUUGAAUUCUUCACCACUGAGUGCUAUGGUGGUCCAAAGCAGUAUGAUCAGUUCCCUGUGGAUCAUAAACAUGCGUUCUCAAUGAUUGCCGAGCUAUUUGGACCUCGAUCCCGGGGCACUGUAGCGCUCAGGUCCAACGACCCACUCCAAAAUCCCGUUGUGGACUGUAAUUACCUCGCGGACCCGUUGGAUAUACUAGUGCUCUCCGAGGCCUGUCGAUUCGGCAAUGAGAUUGUGAUGAAUGGGGCUGGUACGAAGGAUAUCGUCAAGGGGUCCUGGCCCCCGUCUUCCAACCACCACACCUUCAAGACGAGGGAAGAAUGGAUUCCCUACGUCAAGGAGCAUGCCACUACCUGCUACCACGCAUCCGGGACCUGCGCCAUGGGCAAGGAUGACAACCCGAUGGCCGUUCUGGACAACAAGCUGCGCGUGCGAGGUGUAUCUGGACUACGCGUCGCCGACUGCAGCGUCAUGCCAACCUUGCAUGGUGGUCAUACCCAGAUGCCCGCGUAUGGAAUUGGUGAGCGAGCCGCGGAUUUAAUAAAGGAGACAUGGUAG